AUGCAGUAUGGGAAUUAUUGGAAAAUAACACGCGCAAUUCUCGUUCAAAAUAUUCGUCAGAAUGUUAUAGACACUGCAUACAAGCCAAUAAUGUACAAACGCGUGAAAGAAUUCAUCAGCGUUCUCCACAACAAAUCAAAUAAUGGAGCUAAAGCCUUUGAUCCCGGAUCCGACAUCUCUUUUGUGAUCAACUGCACGCUCGCACUAAUCAUUUUCGGAUAUCAUUCGGAAAAGGUAAACGACGAUAAACUUAUAAGAGAUUACACAAAAGUCGUGCAAGAAUCGGGGCGAUUUUUCUCUGGUCUAGCGGUAUUUCUGGAUUUUUUCCCGUUUUUUCAAAAUUUUCCUUUUUCGAAAAAGUUUCAGCGGGAAGUAAUUGAUCAUCGAACUCAAAUGACAAAAAUUUCUGCGGAAAUCUUUGCAAUACAAAUCCUAACCAUUUUGAUUGGCUACACACUUUCAGCUUUUUCAGUAGAACUGGAAAAAGAUCCAGUUACCGGGUUUAAAAAGCUAAUUAAUCUUGAAAGUAUUGGUAAUAGUUUUGAAAGCAUUGCAGAGAAUUAUAAAGUUUUUUUUAUUCCACGAUAA